AUGUCUUCUACUAACAUCCCUCUCGCUACCUUCGCCGACGACACCACGUUUCCCCCCAUCACUGACACCUUCUGGCCUGACUUCAAGGAAGAAGUCGAGAACGAUGAGCAGAAUCUUCGGGUUCAUGCUCUACGAUGUGGUCUUUGCGAUGAGCUGAUGCCCAGCCAGCUAGCUCAGGCUCACGACCAGCACCGUCCUUGGAUUUUCCCUUGCGGACACAUGGUAGGCUCCAGCUGCUUGAUGUUGACCCAAGGCAAUAAUUUCUUGGACAAGAACCUCAACCUAGCUUGUCCCGUGUGCCGUGUCGACCUUCCCCUCCACGGGUGUGGUCAUCCGGCUAUCGGUAUGCAAGCUCCUCUCGACAAAAAGUCCUUUUCCCAUGUCUCACCCGUCCUAUCCAACGGCGGUCUCUCAGCGAUAAAGUGCGGUCUCUGCGAAGCCAGGUCAGCUCUCAAGUAUCUCCGCGCCGUCGCAGAACUUGAUCCUCCCAGAAUGAAGCGAGGAAAGCGAAUGAAUCUGAGUAUUCGCACAAACCCCAUGCGGUACGAUAUUGUCUACCAGGAUGAUCACCACAAGGUGGUCGAGCGCAAAGACAAUGAAGCCCUGCAUCAGCGCGCGAUGGAGUAUAAAGAUGUUCCCAAGACUGUGCGGGAUCUUUGGGAACAGUAUGUCAAGGAUUGGUCAGAACAGGCUCAUCAGCUGUGGUUCUAUCCUAAUCCGAGUUCCUUUUCUCUUCAUGCUUCUGUGGGUAAAAAGAAAAAGGAGGAGAUGGGUUUUUGGGAGAAGCUCUUGGUUGGUUGGUUUUGA